AUGGAUGUAAAUAAAUUAAGUUGAUAAUGUGCUGAUUACCUGCAGUGUGUUCGAGGGGGAAGCUGAACCCCAGCUGAGGGCCGACAGCACGGCGCACGCUUUUCCCGCCACCGGAAUAACACCAGCAUCCUCGGGAGAUUUUGGGAAGACGAUGAAUUUGAUUAACUUUACACAGACAUCACGCGCCUGUUUUAUUUCUGUGUGCAUGUAGUGAUGCAUUAAUUAGUGAUUUAUUGACUGUGGAUUGUUUUAUUAAUGUUAUUAUUUAUUGCUGUAGAACAAUUUAUCUUCUCUGGAAUUGUUUGUUUUGCACUUUUUUUUUUUUUUUAAAUCGUUUCUUUUGUUCAAGUUCUUUUAUCAUUGUAUUCUUUAUGAUUGUGGGUUGUUUUAUACAUGAUCUCAUUUUUCAUCUUGUGUCUAAAGCACUGUGAUAUGUUGGAUUUAAAAGGAAGAGUGUUAUAGUAGUAUACAUAGUUUGAGAGUUUACUACGAAUGAUUUCCUCACCUCAUCUUCUCUGUCCCUCAGUCUGUCCAGAUCCAGAACCGGAACUCUGUAUAAAAACAGAACAGUGUGGAUCUCAUGAACGACGGGAAUAAAAUCGUUAAUGACGCACCGGAAGUGUACUUAGUGUCAGAUGUCUUACUCUUCCGGACGCGGCCCGCGGGAUGGAGCGCUUAUUGCUCUCUUUAGAUAAAAACACAACAGGUAACACACUCAGCUGGUCUGUUUGGGGGUUUAUAAACAUCAAUAUAUUUAGUUAUUUUAAGUAAAAAUGAAACUGUCACCAGUCUGCCCCCAUCUGUGACUCGUGUGAGGUUCCUUGUCGCUUUUAAUCUCCGAUUCAUGGCUGGUGUUUAAACUGCGGCUCAGAGGCAGGAAAACCCAAGCGUUCCUGCGUUGCUAUGAAGUCUCUCGCCAACAAGACACACGUGACCAGAAAUGGCAUCACCGAAAGGUCUUUCGGGUAAUGAAGUCCGUAAGACCAGCUCCAUCUGGGCGCGUGAGAUCCAGGAGAAUCUCAGCCUGUUCUCUCUGAUCAUGGAUCUGCUCACCUGUGCGCUCCUGUGGAUCUCUGUCCUCCUGCCUGGUCCUUCUGGUGCGCGCGCGUUCAUGCUGCCGGACAUCGGUGAGCCCGACUUCAUCCGCAGGUGCGUGCAGGCGCAUAACGUGUACCGCUCAGGAGCUCAGCCGCCCGCCGCCAACAUGCGCUCCAUGUCCUGGGAUGAUGCACUUGCAAGAGGUGCUCGGUCCUGGGCGAGACAUUGCAGGGCAUCCCAUAAUCCUGUGCUGAAGCAGGAGAACAGGGCUCACCCGGAGUUCCGGCAUGUCGGAGAGAACAUCUGGCUCGGGGCUCCGUACUCAGCCUUUACAGUCGAGUCAGCAGUCAACAGCUGGAAUAAAGAGGGUGCUGAUUACACAGUUGGGAACAACAGCUGUGCUAGAGUGUGUGGGCAUUAUACACAGUUGAUGUGGGCGACAAGUUAUAAACUGGGCUGUGCCGUCCACGUCUGUUCCAGAGGAAUCGAAAACUUCUCCAAUCAUCCCGAGUCGACCAUUUUUGUGUGUAAUUACGGUGACGCUGGAAACAUGUUCGGGUUCACGCCGUAUAUCGUGGGUCUGGCCUGCAGCAAGUGUGGCGUGGAGAAAUGCAGAGACAAGCUUUGCACUGAUCCAAACCGAGACCAAGUUAAAAAAUAUGACUGGAUACCGGGGUGGGAUCUCGGCCCCGGCGGUUCGGCUCAGGCGCUCUCUGAUUGGCUGAUCGGCUCUAAACUGCAGCUCCUGGCUGGAUCGUUCUGGUUUCUUUACGUUUAUGCGAUGCACUGAAAUCACACAAUAAACCGAAUUCCAUUUUAUUCAUGACUUAGAUCGAUACGAUUAUUAUUACAAUGAUUAAUUUUAUUAUUAUUUGUAAGCGUGACAGGGAGCUGACGUGGCGUAAAUCCCUGCUGUGUAGGACUGGUGCUACCCUGCAUCAUAUUCUCAUACACUGUCAUAUCAUUAUAAUAUUCUUAUAAAUAAUCUUUUCACCUUUCAUAUGAAUACAUUUAAAAAAUAAAUAAAUAAAUAAAUAAAUAAAUAAACACAA